GUCAGUCACCCGUAUACGUGGAAAAUAAAUUUUCUCUCGCUUUCUCACGCGGGUCGCGAGGAACUCUCUCUCUCUCUCUGUGCACACCCCGGGAGGAGGAACCGAGGGAGGAGGACAAGUCAGAGCAAGGGGCCUCGACGGCGGCGAAGCCCUCCAACUCACAGGCGCCAUGUCGAUGUCACUGUUCCCUGGGAUGGAUCUUACGAAAAUGGAUGCUCCUACUCUUACCCUCCUUGGAGCAGCCUGCUGUGUAAUGCUAUCGAUGCAUUUUACAGUACAGUUGGUGUCGCAGCAUCUUUUCUAUUGGAAGAAUCCCAAGGAGCAGAAGGCUAUACUUAUUAUCGUUCUCAUGGCUCCCUUAUAUGCUAUAAAUUCCUUUGUUGGUCUUCUGGAUAUCAAGGGAAGCAAAACAUUUUUCACUUUCUUGGAUGCUGUCAAAGAAUGCUACGAGGCACUGGCUAUUGCUAAGUUUAUGGCACUGAUGUACAGCUAUUUGAAUAUAUCUAUUAGUAAGAACAUAGUUCCUGAUGAGAUCAAAGGGAGGGUGCUUCAUCAUUCCUUCCCUGUUUCCCUUUUCCUGCCCCGCAAUGUUCGAUUGGAGCAUAAAACACUGAAGCUUCUGAAGUACUGGACCUGGCAAUUUGUUGUUGUUAGGCCCAUAUGCGCCAUUCUAAUGAUUACUCUUCAGCUUCUUGGUCUGUACCCCAGUUGGGUCAGCUGGACAUUCACAAUCAUACUGAACUUUUCAGUCUCCAUGGCAUUAUACGCACUGGUUAUUUUCUACCACUUGUUUGCAAAAGAGCUGGCACCUCACAAACCUCUUGCAAAAUUCUUAUGCAUCAAAGGGAUUGUCUUCUUCUCUUUCUGGCAGGGUUUUGCAUUAGAGGUUUUAGCUGCCGUAGGGAUCAUUCAGUCCCACCAUUUCUGGUUGGACGUGGAGCACAUCCAGGAGGCAAUCCAGAAUGUCUUGGUGAUCAUCGAAAUGGUCUUCUUCUCCGUUCUCCAACAAUAUGCUUACCAUGUUGCUCCAUACAGCGGGGCUGACAGGGCGAAAUUCGAGAAGAAGAAUGAAUGAUCCAGGUUUUGUACUGAGUAAUACCCUCCAGCUCUUGUAUGAUAUCUCUCUGUAUGGACUCACAGUGUUAUAAACUCAGUGUUUCUUAUGCACACGAGUAGAGUAAGUACAUUACAAUCAUUAGAAAGCUAGAGGUGCCUGAAUAAGUGGUGGUUUCGUCUUGUUGUACACAAUAUCAUGUUGGACUGAGGAUCUUGUGUGUACACUGUACAGUGCAGCCUUUGGAGGCAAGCAAAUCCAUUAUCAAUAAAGCUAUGUACUUCCAAGUGCCAA